GAAGUGAAGAAUAGCAUCGUACUGAGAGUAGCUGCCAUUUUAUGUCGAUUGUGAAUGAACAUGGGCGUAACAUCUGCACCCAGAUAUCUUGCCCCUCUCGCACCCUGCGUCUGUCUCGCAGUUUUCCAGCAUCGUCCAGCCGUCACACUCACUCUCAGGACGACACUGGGCAGAAGCAACAACAUGGCUUUACGAAUGAAGGCUUGCAUGUUCGUGGGACUUUUCCUGCUUUCUCUGGCCUGGAAAGCAGCCUGGGCCAAGGUGCAGGUGAACAUGGAGGACAGAGUGGAGGUGUUUCUGGGGGACACGGCCCAGAUCACAUGCAUGUUCACGGUCUCAGACAGCCCCGACAACGUCAUUAUCCAGUGGUACAUGAUCACGAAGACCAAUGUCCGCUUGAGGAUCUACUACGGAAACGGCACCAUGCAGGUAGUCGACCGGGGCGGGCAGUUCACAGACAAGAUCAGUGUGAAGGGGAUGGGGAAUAGCAGCGAGGUUGUGCUGACCAUCAGGGACGUGAAGCUGGAGGAUGAGCUAGAGUUCAUCUGCCACGUCAACGGGAGGUCAGACGGUAGCGACGAGGGACGCACUGUGCUCAAGGUGUUCGCGUCACCUGAUCGUCCAAUCAUCACGGGGGAGGAAUCUGGGAUCUCUGUCAGCAAUGAGUACCCAACUAAGAUAGGGAGCUGUGAGGCUAAGAACGGCUACCCCAGGCCCAACAUCACUUGGUACCGUGACCAGAGCUCACUGCAGAACACACAAGACGGGGUCAUUGUGGGGACCCUGGUCACUAAGGAGUCCAGUGGUCUGUACACUGUCCAGAGUGAACUUCACCUGAAUGUGGUCAAGAAAGACAAGGAUUCGUUCUUCUACUGCGAAGUCAGCUACCUUGUCCCCGGUGGAACCAAGAUGACUGAAACCAACAAGAUCAACAUCACUGUCUACUAUCCAACCACUUCUCUUGAUGUGUGGGUGGAGUCACCAAAGGGCAGUGUCAAAGAAGGAGACACAGUUGAGGUCCAUUGCCGUGCCGACGGGAAUCCUCAACCACUCUUUACAUUCAUGCACAAUAUGGAGGAGCUGGAAUCUGAUCUGAACGUAUUGGUCCUGAAAAACGUGACACGGCAAAGCAACGGCAACAUCAUGUGUACAGCACUGGACCUGGAUACGUAUGAAGAAAGCCUCGGGCAAACAGAGCUCUUCGUCGACUAUCUGGAUCCGGCUAUAUUGAUUCCCAAAGACACCCAUGUCAUGGCCCAGGGAGAGGAGCUGAUGGCCACAUGCAACGCUCUGUCCUCCCUGCCCACACACACUGUAUGGUUCAAGAAAGGAAAAAAAGUUGCAGAGGGCCACACACUGACCCUGAAGGACGCUGUGUUUGACAUGGCGGGGACGUACGUGUGUGUGGUGAAGGUGUCUUCACUGGAAGGACUGGAGACCAGUGGCUCUUUACGUGUCUUCGUAGAGGGACGCCCAGAGAUCAAGAAGUCAGCAGACCCAGUCCAGGAGGUGAGCCCAGAGAAGUCCCAGAAGCUGAGCUGCCACGCUAGAGGAUACCCAACCCCUGUUAUCACAUGGAGCUCCUCUGACAAAUCACAGAUCCUGAAGUUGUCCCAAAGAGAGACAGAGGACGAGGUUCUCAGUGUGGUGAGCAUCAAGGUGACCUCUGACGUCACGGCUUACUGCAACGCCUCCAACGACCAUGGCACAGUCUCCAUCUCCUUCAGCCUCAAAGCCAUUGUCCCAACGACCUCGUCAGCUCCCAGUACUACAGUAACAACUCCAUUAGUUCCAGUAACAGUGGUAGCUCCAGUGACAGUAACAACAGUAACGCCAGUAACUCCUCCAAAGAGAGUCAAGAAAGAGGGCAGCGGUGUGAUCAUAGCUGUCAUCAUCAUCUGUAUUCUCCUGCUGGCUAUCCUUGGCAGUGUGCUGUACUUCCUGUACAAGAAGGGCAAGCUCCCAUGUGGGCGUUCGGGCAAGCAGGAUCUUACCAAACCGAAUAAGGGCGGCAUAGUGGUGGAGAUGAAGAGUGACAACACAGAGGAGGCCGUGCUUUUAAGUGUCAACGGAGACAAGAAACCUCCUAGUGACCAGUAAAGGGUGAUAAGUACAUGUACGUGCAGAAGUGAGCGUUGGUGUGUGAGGGGGCGACUGCUGCAGCUGCUCCCAGGCCAGUUCACUCGCUCAGGGUGGGAUGGAUCCUUUGAUGCCUCGUAGCCUACAACUUCCAGGAGAACUCAUCUGAUAUGUGCUGCAGUUCUCUAACCUGAUCCCAGAUUCGUAGUUCUUUAGCAUGGCAGUGGCUAACAAAGGACGUGGCUAUGUUCUCUCAAGUCAUGCUAUUUCAUACUUUAUCCUGUUUUUCAUAUGCAUAACGAAGAACAUGACAGAGAUGCUGGCCUAAGCACAUAUAGAUCUGGGAUCAGCCUAGCAAUUUUAAUGAAUGUGGUUAUUCUUUGUACCCAUAGAAUCCAGUUAGAGCAUGAAAUAAGAGGGACUGUUUGUUAUAUAUUUUCCUUAAUCCAAAUGCCAACUCGGGCAACCAAUCACUGAAGAGCAGCCCGGAACUGCUUUUUCAUGAAGUGUAAUAUAUUCUGUAUGAAUUUCUUUAUUUAAAAUAACCUGAGACAAACCUUUUAAAAAGACAUGGCUAGGAGUUGUUUUGGGUUUGUUGCUUUUUGAUGGAGGGACGUCUGUGUAGGCUUCGCGCUAGCUCUGGUCCAGGGCGUUAGUGCGCGUUCCUUCUGCAGCAUAGUGGAGCAACGUGAACUAACGCCCUGGACCAGAGCUAGCUUUACUCUAGAGGUCCACCUGCUGUUGUUCUGCGUGUGAUUGGCUGCAUUCACUUCCUACUUUGCUAAAGUCUGUACACUGAAACCAUGGGUGCAUAAUGACGGUCUUACCAACCAUGUCUACAUGUAUACAGCCUGCUUCAUCUACCCAUGUAAACCAACAUCCAACCUUUAGAGCUAUGUUCUCAAAAUGGACUCCAGUAUGGGUCAUGUUUCAGUUUAGUCUUUGUAUUUGUAUGUUGUUGUUGUUGUUGUAACUUUUACUUACCACUGAAACUAAUCUUAGAUGUGUUUUCCCUUUGUGAAUGAACAUGUAAGGCCUUGUCUGUAAGGUCUUAUCUUUUGAGAGAUGGGCCCUGUUUGAAUAUGUUGGAAUGCAUCCUUUCUUCUUUCCCUCAUUGAGCUGACACGACUUUUGUAGGUGAAGGCCUAUCCAAUCAGGUCAAAUCAGUGAUUUCUUCAUGGGAGGAAGGAUAUGUGGUGAAAUAUGCAUGGAUAAGGGGUCCCCAUUCCUAUCAGUUCCAGAUUGGGUUAUUUUGUACUACAAUAGCCAAUAGCAGAGCUCCGAUGAAGCCAAAGCAUCAUUGGUUACUUUUUCAUUCUUCCAUAGUUCUUGUACUCUUUUUUUCCCCUUCUUCCAUAGUUCUUGUUCUCCUUGUAAAUAAGAGUUAAGAAUCACGCUGAUAUGUUUCCAGUUCUGUCUGCCUUAUAUACAUUCAGCUUCUUAUUCUACAAAAUCACAGCGAGCAGUACAGCUGACUUUCUUUCACACUUGUUUUAUCGUUAUUUGUGAAUAUUUGUCCAGUGCACUGAUUUUGUUUUGUUUGUUAUGAUUUGUCGUCAUGUUUUGUCUGUGAAUCUCUGGUUUAAGUUGGGUGAAGGAGUGUUUGCGAGUGAAAUGUCAGCUUCGUUUCUCAUGAAAGUGAAGAUAAAAUGGCUCUUUAAUGUGGGGAUAGGGGGAAGACUUCAUUUCUACCACAAUUUCUACAGGAGAGAAUGACUUGAUAACAAUUACACUCCUUAGUUUGAGCUUUCUUAAUCACUAAGUAAGAUCCGAAGAGCUCGCUCAUGGCCAUAUUAAAACACAAACCCCAGAAUGUCCUCUCAUUACACCACAGGUUAAAAGCUGGCAUGCUUAAGUGAGUGCCAAACUUAAGCCUGCAUCAAUCAUUAGGGCCACCAGUUUAAUUUAUUUUUACUCAUGGUUCUCUCAAUCAUAUGUUACGGUCCAGUCAGGAGAAAAGUAAGACAAUCAUCAAUCUUUGAUAGUUUGAAGUAAAAUGUAUGUUUGGUUCUUUUUUAUUUACACCCUUCAGUAUCUCCCCUAAAGAUUGUGUUAAUAUUUUGGACAAGAACUAUCAGUGAUAAUUUUGAUUAUUUGAAGAAAAAAAAAGUUUUUUUUGUGUGUGUAAUAUCUAUGAGUUGCAAAGACAGAUUAACUUCAGGGCAGGUGAAUGGAUUCCUUUUGUUUGUAAUUUAUUUUUUAUGAAGUAAAUGCCAAAUAAAAAUGACUUGUUCAAUGAAAAA